GACCCUCCCGUCGGCGUCGCCCCCACCCGCUCCUCCCCUGAGCUCUCCGGCCGCCGGCGAUGGGCCAGUGGCGGCGGCGCAGCCAGCACCACCAGUUGCCGCGCCGCAUUGCGCUGCCAGCGGCGGCUCUCCUCCUACUUUUCCUCGCCGUCUCGCUCCUCUCCGUCUCCCUCUCCGUGCCACCGCUUACUGACCACCUCGGCCUCGCCUCCUCCUCCUCCCGUCGAUCCCUUGGCAGCAGCUCCCGUCGCCGCCCGCCGAACAGCCUUGACGGCGAGAUGGACGUCCCCGGGAUCGGCGGCUUCCCCGGCAUUCCGAGAAACGAAAGGGUUGCACCAAUUGACCUAUGGGGUUCAAAGCUCGCCAGCAACUUCUAUGGAUGCAGUAACUCUAGCGGAAAAUUCCUUGAUUCCAGUGUCACCACACAGCCGGAUCGAUAUUUGAUUAUUGUUACAAGUGGAGGUCUCAAUCAGCAGAGAACAGGGAUAGUUGAUGCUGUUGUCGCUGCACGCAUUUUAAAUGCAACACUUGUCGUUCCCAAAUUGGAUCAAAGAUCUUUCUGGAAAGAUUCAAGCAACUUUUCUGAAAUAUUUGAUAUCGACUGGUUUAUCUCAUUUCUUGCAAAGGAUAUCAAUAUUAUCAAAGAACCUCCAGAAAAAGGCGGGAAAGCCGUGAAACCUUAUAAAAUGCGCGUCCCUCGAAAAUGUACUCCAAGAUGUUACUUGAACCGUGUCUUACCUGCACUCCUAAAGAAACAUGUCAUUCGCAUGACUAAAUAUGAUUACAGGCUCUCAAAUAAGCUGGGGAAGGACCUGCAAAAACUGCGGUGUCGUGUCAACUAUCAUGCCUUGAGAUUUACUGACCCAAUACAAGGAUUGGGUGAGAAGCUAAUAAAACGAAUGCGAGAGAAGAGUAGACAUUUUAUUGCUCUUCACCUUAGGUUUGAACCUGACAUGCUUGCAUUUUCUGGGUGUUAUUAUGGUGGUGGAGAAAAGGAGAGAAGAGAACUAGGUUCCAUUCGCAAGCGAUGGAAAACUUUGCAUAUAAAUGACCCAGAGAAAGGAAGAAGGCAAGGUCGGUGCCCACUAACCCCUGAGGAGGUAGGAUUGAUGUUGAGGGCAUUAGGAUACAGAAGUGAUGUCCACAUAUAUGUUGCAUCUGGUGAGAUAUAUGGAGGCAAAGAAACUUUAGCACCGCUUAAGUUGCUCUUCCCCAAUUUCCAUACGAAAGAAACAUUAUCCACAAAAGAGGAAUUGACUCAAUUCUUGACGCACUCAUCUCGCAUGGCAGCAAUUGAUUUUAUUGUUUGUGAUGGAAGUGAUGCUUUUGUAACUAACAACAAUGGUAACAUGGCCAAAAUUCUUGCUGGGAGAAGGAGAUAUUUUGGCCACAAGAGAACAAUCAGGCCAAGUGCUAAACAGCUAUAUCCCUUAUUUAUGAAUAGGGCAAAUAUAUCGUGGGAUGCAUUCUCCUCGCAGGUACAGACAAUACAGAAAGGAUUCAUUGGAGAGCCCAUGGAAAUUAUGCCAGGAAGAGGUGAAUUUCACGCCAACCCUGCCGCCUGUAUAUGUGAAAAGACGGACAUAAAGUCAGUAAUUGAUUCGAAUUCCAGAAAUAACCGAGAAGCCAAUACCAACACUGGAAUAAGUAAACCUAUUGGCGGGCCAGCUUAUCCUAUUUAUACCGAUGAAGAGGCGGACCGAUCUGAUACUGAAGAUGAUCCUGCAGGGAGAGGAGAAACGAUUGACAUGGAAGCUGAAGAUGAUACAUUGGCCAGCAGAGAGGAUUCUGAGCUGGAGGAAAUCCUUUCGGAUUAGUUCAGUUAUGCAUCUAGCUAGAAGACAUGAGGUAAUUAAGUUAUGUAGAUUUGACUUAUUAUAUCUGGUAGUAAAACUAGCUAUUGAUGGAUUUCACGCCUGAAAGUAGCUAGACCUGCAACAGUUGCUGGUGUACAUAGAAUUUUGAGGUGGACCUGUACAUCAACACCUAUUGCCGCAGUGCCACUAAAUAAGGGUGGCCUCAUUUUUUUUGCGUCUCCACUCUCCAGCAUCGUCGGGCAGUAAUUUUCUUGGAGUUUGUAACAGCAUGCCUGUAUAUCAUGGAAACGUGUUUGUGCAGCAGCCUAAUUCGUUUUCUUUUUUUUUAAAAAAAAUAUUGGGUCAUUCUUUUUUCUGCCAUCUUGAGUCUCAUUUUAAAUGUUAUGGCAGUACUUGGUGUUGGCUUUUUGACAAACUACUGUGAAUUUGUCAUGGGCUCAUGGCACUAAGAAUUUUGUAACCUUUGUUGAAAGAAAGAAGCCAAUAA